GGCGCUACAGGUGAGGUGGCGCUGGGCCCAGGUACAGGUGGAGCUGCAGGUACAGGUACAGGUGCGGCUACAGGUGUGGACCCGCCCCGGGGGCGGCAGCAGGAAGCGGCGACUGGGCCCGAGCGGCUACAGGAUGAGUUCGGCCGAAGAUGAUUAUAACUUUGUGUUUAAAGUGGUGUUAGUGGGUGAGUCGGGCGUGGGCAAGAGUAACCUAUUGUCCCGGUUUACCCGCAAUGAGUUCAACCACGACAGUCGCACGACCAUCGGUGUCGAAUUCUCCACCCGGACCCUCACCGUAGACGGGACCACCGUCAAAACACAAGUGUGGGACACGGCGGGACUGGAGCGUUACCGGGCCAUCACCUCCGCGUAUUAUCGGGGUGCGGUGGGGGCGUUAGUGGUGUACGAUGUGAGCCAGCGCGGCAGCUUUGAGCAGGUGGGCCGGUGUGAGCACGACAUGAUGUUUAUGGAAACAUCAGCCCUGGACUCGACCAAUGUAGAGGCUGCCUUCAACACCAUCAUCAAAG